CAAGAAACCAAUUGCAUGAUGAUGAUGUACAUACCUAGAUUAUUUUUAGGUUUUAGAACAGCUAACAAAUUACAUGACAGAAGAUGGAUCGCUUCAAUAUCAAGUCUCCCUGAAACUCAUCGUAUGCUCCAAAAAACUGUCAGAGAUUUUGCGGAAGCUGAGCUGAAACCAAUAGCAGGACAGCUUGAUAAAGAGCACAAGUAUCCAGCUGACCAAAUAAAAAAAAUGGGAGAGCUAGGACUGAUGUCAAUUGCAACUCCAGAGUCUCUUGGUGGGACUGGCUUGGAUUACAUGGCAUACGUAAUCGCGAUGGAAGAAAUUUCUCGGGGAUGUGCUAGCGCGGGUGUAAUAAUGAGCGUGAACAAUUCUUUGUACUUGGGUCCAAUCGAGAAGUUCGGUACCCAGGAACAGAAAGAAAAAUACAUAGUACCCUUUACAGACGGCUCGAAGGUUGGAUGUUUUGCGCUGAGUGAACCAGGAAACGGAUCUGAUGCGGGAGCAGCUUCGACGAUGGCCAAAAAGGAACCCGAUGGCUACCGAAUUAGCGGAACCAAGUGCUGGAUUACCAACGCUAAUGAAGCAGAAGGUAUAGUACUGUUCGCCACCACGGAUAAGUCCAAGAAGCACAAAGGAAUUAGCGCGAUACUGGUCGACAGGCCGUCGAAAGGUUUGGAGAUCGGCAAGAAAGAAGACAAGCUGGGCAUCCGUGCCAGCAGUACUUGCUCGCUGAUGUUCGAGGACUGUCUGGUCCCGGAAAAGAACAUCCUUGGCGAGCCUGGAAUGGGCUUCAAAAUCGCAAUGAUGACCCUCGAUGCAGGAAGAAUCGGCAUUGCCAGCCAAGCACUUGGUAUCGCUCAAGCCUCGCUCGAGUGUGCUAUCGAUUACGCUAGCAAGCGUAUGGCGUUCGGAAAGUCCAUCAUGAAGCUACAGGCAAUUCAGCAGAAAAUUGCAGACAUGGCGCUGAGACUCGAAAGCGCGAGAUUGUUAACUUGGAGAUCCGCUUAUUUAAAAGAUACUGGAAAACCUUUUACCAAAGAAGCCGCGAUGGCGAAACUUGCCGCUUCUGAAGCUGCUACUUACUGCUCUCAUCAGUGCAUUCAAAUCCUUGGUGGAAUGGGAUACGUCUCAGAUAUGCCGGCUGAGCGUCAUUAUAGAGACGCUAGGAUUACUGAGAUUUAUGAAGGCACUUCUGAGAUCCAGAGACUCGUUAUUGCUGGUAAUAUUGCUAAGGAAUACGGUGUCUCAGGUUGA